UACGUGCGCGUGAUGUGGCUUGUCCCUUUGCCGGCUCCGCUCCUCCUCAAAUAUUCUCGCCCGCCUCCUCAUUCCUCCCCAACCAUCUCAUUCCUUCCUUCCCCCCACCUUCUUCCGAGGUCCUUGCUCCCCCCGGCGGCAGCUCGCACCUUGCAAGGAACACCCAGCGCCCAGCUCUGCUGUGUUUGGCGGCGUGCCACCAGAGGGAGACCCGGCGGUUAGCUGCUAACUGAAGUGGGCGGCCAGCUAGCGACUCGCUCUAGCUAGCUUCUGGUUCUGGCCCCUGCGCUGCGGCGUGCACGCCAUGGCUCAGGAGGACGUCCACCUGGACGACGCCGGGCUGGCCCUGGACCUGUCCCUCGGCGGCGGCGGAGCCUCUGACGCGGCGCGGCGGCAGGGCACCGGCGGCCGGCUGGGCAGGGACGCGGCGCGGCUGCCGCCGUCGCCGCGCGCGCUGGAGCCGUCGCUGACGCUUAGCAUGCCGGACGAGGCGACCGCGACGGGGUCCGGCGGCGGGGCCGCGCACAGCGUGUCGUCGCCGCCGGCGGCGGGCGUGAAGAGGGAGCGCGUGGAGGAGGCCGACGGCGAGCGGGCGUCGUCGACGGCGCGGGCCGAGGACGACGACGACGGGAGCACGCGCAAGAAGCUGCGGCUGACCAAGGAGCAGUCCGCGCUCCUGGAGGACCGCUUCAAGGAGCACAGCACCCUCAACCCGAAGCAGAAAGUCGCGCUGGCGAAGCAACUGAACCUGAGGCCACGGCAGGUCGAGGUGUGGUUCCAGAACAGGCGAGCAAGCCGCGCGCGCAGGACGAAGCUGAAGCAGACGGAGGUGGACUGCGAGUUCCUCAAGCGCUGCUGCGAGUCGCUCACCGAGGAGAACCGCCGCCUGCAGCGGGAGCUGCAGGAGCUCCGCGCGCUCAAGUUCGCCCCGCCGGGGCCCGGGCCGCCGCCGCCGCCCGCCACCGCGCCGGCGCCGUUCUACAUGCAGCUGCUGGCCGCCACGCUGACGCUCUGCCCGUCCUGCGAGCGCCUGGGCGGGCCCGCCGCCGCGGCCAAGGCCGACCCCGGCCGGCCCAAGGCGGCGGCCCCGGCGCACCACUUCUUCAACCCCUUCACCCACUCCGCCGCCUGCUGAUCAUCUCAUCUGCACGCGCGUGCAUGGUGACCACCAGCAACAACACAGAGCACCGCCACUGCCACCACGUACACGCCAUCCAAACCACCUCGCGUACGCCACAAGUAACAUGAUGAUCCAUCCUCCCCUCUAGCUAUUUUCGUGAUCAGGGGGGAUGGGGAUUAAGUAAGAUAGCUAGUUACUGUUCCCAUCUUCAGCUAAUCCAACCAAUCAUAGGCUUUGAUACAUAGGGGUAGUCAAAAUAGCCAAUCCAUCCAUGUAUAUUUUUGGGCAUCCAUGCUGUUUCAGGAGCACUACUCUUCGGUUUUCUUUCAUUCACAGGUUGGAGUACGUAUUCAUAUGCCGUUGAUCAGAGGGCAGUUAAGUACGUAACCGAGUGGUAGUACUAGUACAAUUAUACUGUUAUUACUGUACAAAUCGACGACCAUUAGAUUGAGAUGCUUCUAGUCGAUCUCCUUCCUGUUUUUAUACAUGUACAUAUGUUCACUCUUAUGCCCGAAGAAAACGAGAGCUUCCCAGACCAU